CAAGCACAACAAUAUGAACCAUACUGCAACAAGGUCCUUAGUGGUUUGCUCAAGUAGUUGACCCAGUUUAGACCGAAGCAAUUGGUAGGAUGUCGACGGACGACGAAAGACAAUUCCUCUGCCCCCGUCUAAUUGACUAUCUGGCAAUAGUGGGAGCGAGAAACACACCCGCUUCUAUUAAGCAGAGUGCGAGUCCCCACAUACAGCCUCCUGAGCUUCUUCGUCGAUAUCCGAUACAGGACCACAAAGAUUUUCCGAUGCCGCUGGACAUGGUCUACUUCUGCCAACCGGAAGGCUGUUCGUCCGUGGGACCGAAACGAACAGCUUUACGUGAGGCUUCAUCUUUCGUUUUCACUCUCACCGAUAAGGAUUCGGGAAAGACGCGGUAUGGCGUAUGCGUCAACUUUUAUCGAUCGGUCGAGAAAUCGACUGGAUUGAUUGGACUGACGAAAGCGCGGGCCAACACCGGCAUGCGAAGGGAUAGCUGGAGGAAAAGCAUGGAGAAAAGCUCCGAUUCGGCGUUUUCCAGUGAUUACAGGAGCAGUAAUAUCGGGCCAAGCGAUUCGGAAAAAGAUUAUCCUCCGAGCAGAAGAGAUUCGGAAUCGACGGGACCCAAUAAUCUGCCACCUUCGAGACUUGCUGUCACCGGCAACGACUCUGAAAGCGGAGGAAGUCACUCGCCAUCUCCUCGAGCGAGCAGAAGAAGACAGAGAAUACGAAAUCACUCUUUGACUUCGCUCUGCAUCUUAUCUCAUCACCCAUUUUUCACGAUGUUCAGAGAGUGCCUCUACAUUUUAAAGAAACUAAUUGACGCUUGCAAUGAGUCGUCAAACCCUAGGCGAGUAGGCGGAUCGAAGCUGACUUGCAGAGAUAGCGUAUGGAGUGUUCUAACAGGCCAGGCUGGGGAUGCAGCAUCGUCAAUAGUGCUUCAUGACGUUAGAGAAAUUGAGACGUGGAUUUUGAAGCUUUUAUCUGCCCCAGUUCCUAUCCCUGGAAAAACUAAGAUUGAGGUAGAAGUUCUAUCUCCUAGCGUAUACGAGCCUCUUAUUUUUGCCUUACCCAGUCACACUAGAUUUAGUUUAGUCGACUUCCCGUUACAUUUACCUUUAGAAUUAUUAGGUGUUGAAACUUGUUUAAAAGUGCUGACGAUAAUACUUCUGGAAAAUAAGGUUGUAUUCCAAUCGCGAGACUACAACGCCCUUUCCAUGUCUGUGAUGGCUUUUGUAACAAUGAUAUAUCCUUUAGAGUAUAUGUUUCCCGUCAUUCCUUUGUUACCGACCUGUAUGAGUUGUGCUGAGCAGCUACUGUUAGCGCCAACUCCGUUUGUUAUUGGAUUACCUGUUAGCUUUCUUAUGUACAAGAAGAAUUUUAAAUUGCCAGAUGAUGUAUGUCUAGUUGAUUUGGAUUCCAACAAACUCCUUUCAAAUAUUGAAAUUCCACCUUUGCCAGAACCGGAAGGUACAAUAUUAAAAAAUCAUUUAAAACAGGCUAUGCAGCUUAUGGAUCAAGUUGGCACUGGAGCAAUCUCUAGUUUAUCCACGCCAAGCAGUAAUAACGCUCAGCUCCAGCCAUCACGGAGAGAAAGCCUUUCGACAUCUCCGAAUACACUGGGAAUUACCUCGGCGCCAUCUAAAACACCUGAUGUAUCGCCGAUUGUACCUAAUCAACGUUUUUCAUUGACGCCACAAUCACCUUUACCACCCGCUACACCUAGAAUAUUUUCGCCGACAGUUCAGCAAGGAUUCAAUCCUUUCAUAUAUGGCAACGAUGUGGAUUCCGUUGACGUAGCUACGCGAGUUGCAAUGGUUCGUUUUUUCAACUCACAAAACCUUCUAGCCAACUUUACGGAACAUACGAGAACACUACGAUUAUAUCCUCGGCCAGUAGUCGCCUUUCAAAUAAAUAGCUUCUUGCGGUCAAGACCAAGAGCAUCGCAAUUUUUAAAUAAAUUUGCUAGAACGCAGGCGGUCGAAUUUCUGGCAGAAUGGUCCUUAACUCCGACUAAUGUAGCUUUCCAAAGAGUUCAUACUGGAGUGCUAGAUCCUGCUUUAGUUGGAGAUAAGGCCAAAUGGUUUCUUCAUACUUUAGAACCGAUUAGAUUCAUUGUAUGGGAUGAUGGGAGCUCAUUAAAUGGGGCAUUGCGGAGCAUUCAAGCACAAGAAAGCCAACCUACGGACGAGAGCGGAUCAGAUUCGGAGGAAGGCGAAAGUACCAGUUCUAGUUACUCAUCUUUAAGCGAUUUUGUGUCCGAAAUGGCUUCAUCCGAUUUGUCACCCGGGUAUUUAUCCUAUCACGACCAAAGAAAGGCAUCCGCACAAAGUAUGACGUUUUCCUCAAACAUUGAUGCCGAAAGCAUAUAUAAACCGCCUUCUGAACUUAAAUAUCCCGACGGAGAAGUUCCACUGCCUAGAUCCGCUUCACCAGCAUCUUCGUCCACUUCAAGUUCCGACUCCGACCUGAGUUCGCCUUCUUUCAACAGAGAUUCUGAAUUCGAGCUAAGAAAAGAGAAACACGAAAAAGUCGAACAUAAGUUGGAAAGAGAAGACGCGUUGAGCAAUGAAAAUGAGUCGGAUUCUAAUUCUACGACCACACCGAAAACUAUCGUCAGUAAUAAUAAUCAGAAAUCUGAAACGUCUUCGGUCGAAGGUGAUAAGGCUGCGAGUACAAGAAGACCUAGAAAAAAAUCGGGACCUCCUGUUACUCCGGCACCACUUCAAAAACAACCUAGUGUCGGUAACGUUUUCUCCAAAACAGGCAGUGUUGGAUCAUCGGGAAGUCCUGGACCGCUUCAUUCUGCCAGCAGCGGCAGCAGCGGGAUUACACGACAAAGUUCACAAGGUUCUUUGUUUGAGAGGUUUGCAUCAGAGGCUAAAGAAUUAGUCAGAGAAACAACUCGACAAAGCAGUCAGGAUGGAAUUCUAGCGCAAAUGGAUAAGCUAAAAACGCAAGCUAAAGAAAAGCUUUCUGAGGCCGAAGAAAGUAAAAUGUUUGCACCGUUUGACAAGUUAACAUCCCAAGCAAAAAAAGCAGCAGAAGAGGCAACGAAAAGUAUGCACGAAGCGAGUAAAACGGCCCUUGAAGCCAGCAAGUCAGCUACCGCAAUGAGCAAAAAUACUUUUGACGAUUUAACUUAUGUCGGAAAAUCUACAUUCGGAGAUUUAACGAAAAGUGCCAAAGAAGCUGUGACGAUGAAAGGGUUAUUGAGGACUGACUCAUUCAGCAAACCGGACUCUCGGCGAGAAUCAACAAGUAGCACCACAUCUAUUGUUGCUCACUCAGCACUAGCUGGUGCUAGUAGGGACUUUUUCUCAAACAUACAAUCAGAUCUCAAUGGACUUGCAUCAAGCACUACUAGUAUGUUCACCGAUUUCUUUGGAACUAAAAAGGAUAAUGUCAGGCAAGAUCCAGUUCAACCCCAGAGACCAAAAGAUACAAAAACUAGUCUUUUUGGGCCUUUUCAAAGAGGGCCCAAGGGCAUUGUGGAAAAAAGUCCUUUAAUAAAGCAUGUUCCUAAACGUCAAGAUGAGUUACAGAGAAAGCAGAGUAUCGACAAGAGCACUACAAAUAACGACAAUCAAGCAUUUCUUAAAGAUAUUGUCUCAAAUGUACUAGAUGGUGAAGGAGUUGGAUGGCUCAAAUUAAAUAGAUUGAAAAAAUUAAUGGAAGAAGAGACUUAUAGAAACUUCGUUUUAAGUAAAAUUAAUAAAACCCUAGAUAAAAAAAUCGCCCCUGAUGAUCACAUCGACGAUGUGUGUCUGCCAAAACCUGUUUGGAAGGGUAUGUUAAAAGUUUUGCAAGCAAUUCAACAUGGAUUGGAGGUAACUUAUAGUAACUAUGGCUUGGGAGGAAUGGCGUCUGUGUUCCAGAUGCAAGAAAUUGCUCAUACCCACUAUUGGACAAAAGAUGUUAGUGAUUCAGGACUAUCAACUGAUAUUACUCAGACAUCAAGUCCAAAAUCGCCUCAAAGCCCGCGAUAUUCCGUGCAAUCAUCGGAGUGGGAAAAUGAGAGCAGAAAAUCCUCACAAGCAGAACCACCUGAAGUACGAUUAAUCCAGGGCGACGAUUCGGACAAAGAACAAAGUACAACUGAUAUUUUUAAAGAUAUGAUUACUCAAAAAAAGAAUUUACUGCUCAGUAAAUUGACAUCAUUUGAUUCCGAUGCUGAAGGUACGUUGCAUGGAUCAGGUGGUACAAUUUCUCCCGGCUCAAUUACAACAGGCCCGGCAUGUGGACUAAAUAGAGGUGGGGGUCAAUCAUCCUUUAGAUCGACUGUUUCCGAUACUGAAGUUGAAACUUUGCAAUUUCCAAAACUACCGAAGCAACGGAAUGCAAGUGUGUGGUCUAGCAAAUCAUCCUUAAGUACUGGAUUUAGAUAUCACGGUGGCCAUAUUAUAAAUACUGUACAGUCUCCAUCACCUGAAGCUACAAGAACGUACCUGUUCGAAGGUUUAGUUGGCAAAGAAAGAUCAAACUUAUGGGACCAAAUGCAGUUUUGGGAAGACGCUUUUCUCGAUGCUGUAUCACAAGAAAGAGACAUGAUUGGAAUGGACCAGGGUGCAAGGGAGAUGAUGGAAAGAUACAAAGGUCUGAGCGAUACGGAACGCAAACGACUCGAACAUGAAGAAGAUAGGUUAUUAGCAACAAUUCUUUAUAAUUUAACUGCUGUACUAGUUAUGCUGAGUUGCAACAAAGAAGAAAUUAAGAGAAAAAUUAGAAGACUACUUGGAAAAAGUCAUAUUGGUUUAGUAUACAGUCAAGAAGUGAAUAUGUUGCUUGAUCAAGUUCAUAAUUUGAAUGGAAACGAUAUCGACUUAAAGCCUUUGGGAUCACGCUCGCUUCACCGUCAAAGUUUUACUGUUCAUCAAGGUGUCGAUUGUACUGGUGACCUACGGUUCAUGGAAGUCAGAGAUGAUGGCUUGGUGAUACGGUCCGUAACGGGAGUUAUAAUAGAACGAUGGUGGUUUGAAAGACUGGUUAAUAUGACUUACAGCCCUAAAAAUAAAGUGUUAUGUUUGUGGAAAAGGACAGGUGGACAAACGCAAGUUCAUAAAUACUACACCAAGAAGUGCAAGCAAGUUUAUUAUUGCAUCAAGGAUGCAAUUGAACGUAGUGGUGCUAUACAGAGCGUUCCAGAAUUGGGAGGAGAGUUUCCAGUUCAAGAUAUGACAACUGGAGAAGGAGGACUGUUACAAGUUUGCAUGGAAGGGGUGGGAUUGUUAUUCGCAAAUAGCAAGGAUUUUGAGUUUUUUGUCAGGCUCUCGCAUAUUCGGAAAUGCUAUACUCAAAAGGGAAGCAUAUUUAUCAUAGAGGAAUUUAAUCCAAAAACACGACAAGUUAUCCAGAGGAAGUACAAAUCACCAAUGGCAGAUCAGAUCUGUUAUUCGGUUCUCUGCGUAUUUUCGUACAUCGCCGCCGGCAAAGAGGGAAAGGAAAAAUUUACCAUGCCUCCUCAACCACAACCCACUCAUAGAAUACCCUCCACCACUCAAGCCCACGGCGUUAUUUCCAGCGUUAGAGUUCCGACUAGCACUCAAGGAAGGCAUGAAGAAACUGCAUCCCAGCUGUCAGCUCUAACCCGCAGUCCGAAAUCGCAGCUAUUGGCCAGCACCCAGGCUGGCCAUCCUCCUCCCACAAGUCCUGAACCGGGAUCGAUAACACCCAUCGGUGGUCCUCCCACUUAUCCUCCACCAGCAUUACCAGCGGGUGUAGCGCCCCCUGCACAACCGCCCACUCCAAAAACAUUAACGUCGCAAUUGUCGAUGCCCACUUCCCUGAAACCACCUCCUGUUCCUAGCAGGACAUCGUUACCUUACCGCCAGGGCUCGCUGGUUUUACCACUGGGACAACCCCCACCACCGCCGCCGCGCAACAAGUGACGUCAUACACGCAACAAGCGUUAUUCCAUUCCUUUUAUUUAUGCGAAACAGUGUGUCGGUCCCUCUUGUCUUCCGUGGGUGUAGGCUAGUGUAGAAAAUAAAUAAAUGUUUUUUUAUUAGAUAGUAAUAUUAUUAUAUUUGUAUAAAAAUAACAGUAAAUUAGAAUAUAAUUAAGCAUUUUUAUAUAAUAUUAAAGAUGACGAAGAAUCUUAUUUAUAUGUGCUGCCUGUAGUAUUUUGACGUGAUAAUGGAGGUUUUAAAGUUUUCUGAGGAACCACUUUUUUCCACCACUAAAAAAAAUAAUUGGUUGGUUAGGGGCUCUAUCAUAACUACAAUGUUACCUCUAAUAUAAUAAUAAUUUAAUAUUAUGAUAGAUGUAUUGCAACAAAAUAUCUGUCAUAAUAUAAAAAAUACAGGUAUUUAAAAAUUAGCAAACAAUAAAAAAUAGGUCUUGACCCGACUUUCAUAUCAUUGAAGAGUAUGUUUGAUAACUAACUAAGGAAUGAUUUAAAUAUUUUUUAUAUUUACACAUUAAAGAUGGCGGCUACGUCAUUCAAUCAAUUUAGAAAAAAAAUGAUAGUUUUGUUUUCUUGUCAACUUUGAAUUUUUGCUAGUUUUUUAUCUUCAAUUUAUAUUACUUCAUAUUUACUUUAUAAUUAUUUAUGGUUAUUCAAAGUGUAAUAUACCUGGUAAGAUAUUAUGUCAUGUCAUGAAUAUCGGAGACAUUGUUAUAAACUGUAGAAAGAGAGGUUAAAAAAUGUUAUUUUACAGCGUGCUAUCAUUCUCAGGCUAAAAACAUAAAACAUAUGGGAAUAUUUUUUUAUCAUUAUUUAAUUCUAAGAGCACUAAAAUACUCAAUUAACAAAUUUAGAGUUAACCAAUUAUGGUUUUUCUCUCGCAUUUAUUACCACUUGCUUGGAGUAAUUGGGAUUGGAGAUUUAUUUAUUUAAUUUUUAUAAUUACAUUAAUUUAAUUUAUUUCACUUCCGAACGAAAAAUAUCCAAAUUAUUUCCACCAUACCACACCCUUUGUUGUUAUAGUAUAUUUGCUAUUAUUAAAUUACCUGGUUUUACCUAGCCAGAGCUGGUAAAAGGAAUAUCAAAGGUUUUUAGUAGUUGAAAUUUGUGUAAGACACUUUGGUGUUGUUAAAAAUAAGUUGUAUAUAAAGUACCCUGUUAUGCACUAGAGAACUUUCUAAACUCAUUCAUAAACUUUUUUCCUUCUAUGACAAUUUAGAAAAAGUGUAGAUUAAUAAAUUUAUAUAAAAAUAAAUGAGUAUUUACUACGUGUAUGUCGGCAAUUUAUCAACCGAUGCAAUCGAUCGGCAUGUAACAUAUUUAGGUCAAUUUUGUGUUUAUACCUAUAGUUCUAAUCAUUCUAAAGACUGCACAUUUAAUUGCUAAUAACGAAAUGACGAUAAAAUAUAUAAUAUUUAUAUCUUGUUGGUAUGUUUAUUCUUGAAAAAUAAGCAUGUGUACAGGGUGUCCCAUUUUAGU